GCGAAGCGACUGCAGGGGAGCCAGAUGCCCGACUGCGAGCCGCUGCCUGUGGAUACCUUUCCCGAAUGCCAGCACAGGCGAGAACCGCAGACCACAUUUCACCCUCUGGCACUUGACGGAGUAAUAGUUGUUUUGUUGUUUCUCUUUUUCCUGGUUUCCUCCCCACGCCCCCCACGCCCCCCUCCCCAUCGCUGUCUCUCCGCUUCAAUCUGUGCUUUCACACGAGGAGCUCCCUCGGACUUGGAGUACCGGGCAUCAGUAGAAAUCCAGCCCGUUAUCCCUGCUGCUGCGGGGCUGCUGCUGCCCCGAGCGCGUCCUCCUGCUACUUUGGAAUAUACACUGUGCCCAUAUAUGCGCAAAACCAUGGAGAUUAUAUGACGUGGAUUUAUUUUUUUUUCUCUGAACAAAACUGGACAUCUACAAUAACGACGUCCCUUCUUUUUUUUGGGGGGUUGAUUCUUUCGCAUUGCCUCUUUUGCGUCCCUGUGUUCUUUCCUUUGAUCUGUGGCGACUUUAUGAUUUCAUGUCCUUAGCGAUUCUCUCUUGCUUUUUAUUGAUCCAUUUAUUAUUUAUUUACCUUCUUGUUUUUCUGGUCCGUUCCGGAGGCGCAGAAGUGGGAUGCCUCGCAGUGAACAUUCGCUGGGGGAGAAGGAUCAGCGCAGCAGCGAGGAUGAAUGAAUGAUAGUCUCCCUCUCCAUCCGAGACGUGCCAUGGAUGGGAAACUUAAUUUGUUUCCACGGAACCGAUCGGGGAAUAGCCGUCGCAUCAAAUAACUAGGCUACUGCUGACAGCGACCAGGACUAAUGUCAUAGGAUGAACACUGCUGGUGGGGUGUGUCUGUCUGUGCUGUCCUCUCUCCUGGCCGUGGCUGGGGCUCUGGCUGCCGUGUCUGCCCUCGCUCUAGCUCCUCUCUCUGCCCUGGCUGAGGCUGCCUAUGGGGCUGCCGAUGGCAUCCCCAGCACCGGGGCAGAGGGGGCCCCCUCACCCGUCUCCGCAUCAUGCUCCAGCCUUGUAGCUGGGGUGCUCUAUGGGUCUUUCUCCCUACGGGAGCUAUUUCCCUCCAGGGCGCCGGGCUGUUCCUGGUCCCUGGAAAACCCAGAUCCCACCAAGUAUUCCCUCUACCUCCGCUUCACCCGCCACCCUAUCAUCUGUCGGACACACUCCCCCAUGCUCCUCUCCCUCGACCACCAUCUAUCGAAUCAAAGCUGUCCCCUGCUUUUACAGUCGGACGCUGCCAGGGAUCAGGAAGUCAUCAAUCUCUGUGGCAGCCAAUCUAACUCAGAUGGACCUUACUCCUUCUUACAGUUUGAUAAAAACUUUGUCCAAUUAUGUCUCACGAGACACCCGGCUGCUGAUGAGCCUCAGGUAACCAAGGAACUGCUGGAGCUGAGACUGGUGGAGGUGUUGCUCAUUAAUAACGAGAACUCCAGUCAGUUCACCUGCGGCGUGCUCUGCCGAUGGUUCGAGGAGUGUUUGCGCACGGGACACAACGGAGAUCGGGAGGUUUCCGACGCGGACGGCUGCGGGAUGACCCAGACAGGAUGUAUCUGUCCCAACCACAACAUCAUGGCGCCACCUGUCCCGCUGCUCCCGGAGACGCCCCACAGCUUCAGCAAUGGUUCGCUGGUUCCAGAUGACUGCUGUGUCACCGAGCUGCAUUCCAAUGAUGCGAUCGCUAUAGCACCCAGAGAUGUCCGACAAGAUCCGUAUGACGAUGAUCUAAAGGUGAAGACACAGAGACCACGAUCAGCAGACCAGCCAGGUGUGUUUCAGGCACAAACAGGUGACCCUGCAGCAGAGGAGUGGUCACAGUGGAGUGUGUGUUCGCUCACAUGCGGGCAGGGCUGGCAAGUGAGGACGCGCUCGUGCGUUUCUUCGCCCUACGGGACGCUGUGCAGCGGCGCCCUGAGGGAAACACGCAUGUGCAACAACACCGCUUCCUGUCCGGGUGACCCUGGGAUCACAGGCUCAGUGCAUGGGCUGUGGGACGAGUGGUCGUCAUGGAGUCUGUGCUCUGUCACCUGUGGGCGGGGCUCCAGGACACGAACCAGGAAGUGUGUGAAAGGAGGCGAGGCCGUGGCUUGCGGACGGCCCGACAUUCAGACCAAACUCUGCAACAUUGCUGUGUGUCCUGUGGAGGGCCAGUGGUUGGAGUGGGCGCCGUGGUCCAAGUGCAGCGCGACGUGCAACACGGGAACCCAGGAGAGGCAGAGACGCUGCAGCUCGUCGGCGCACGGCUGGGCUGAAUGUAAGGGCCCCCAUCAGGAGAGCAGAGACUGCGUCAACCCUUCAUGUGGUGGUGGAGGUAACUGGGGCAGCUGGAACCACUGGAGUCUCUGCAGCAAGACAUGUGACUCGGGUUGGCAGCGUCGUUUCAGGAUGUGCGAGGGCACCGGUGCACAGGGCUACCCCUGUGAAGGCUCAGGAGAGGAGGUUCGCUCCUGCAACGAGAAGAAGUGCCCUGCUCCUCAUGAGAUAUGUAAAGAUGAGCAUCUCCUCUCGAUGUCAUGGAAGAGAGCCUCAGCUGGAGAAACCGUCUACAACAAGUGUCCAACUAACUCCACUGGAUCUGCUAGUCGUCGCUGCAUGCUGGACAUUAAUGGAGUUGCUUUCUGGGGUCCUCCGAGCUUCGCCAGAUGCGUCUCACUUGAAUUUAGAUAUUUACAUUUAACUUUACGAGAGCAUCUCGCGAAGGGUCAGAGGACCCUGGCCGGGGAGGGCAUGUCUCAGAUCGUAAGGACUCUCCUGGAGCUCUUUCAGAGGAGGAGCUACUACAGUGGCGACCUUCUCUUUUCCACGGAGAUCCUGCGAAAUGUGACGGACACCUUCAAAAGAGCAACCUACAUCCCAGCUCCCGACGACGUGCAGAAAUUCUUCCAGAUAGUCAGUCACAUGUUGGACAUGGAAAAUCUAGAGAAAUGGGAGGACGCUCACCAGGUCGCUCCCGGUGCCGCUUUGCUGAUGAGGACAUUAGAGGAUUUCAUUCACCUCAUCGGCGAAGCCCAGAAGCCUUUUCAGAGUUUUCUGGUGGUUACGAACAACCUCAUGAUAACCAUCCAACGAGAGCCGGUGUCAGCAGUUUCCAGUGAUAUCAACUUCCCCAUGAGGGGCCGGAGGGGGAUGAAGGACUGGGCCAGAACCGCAGAGGACAAGCUCUACAUCCCUAAAGAGGUCUUCACCACCCCUACGGAAGAGACAGAGGCGGAUUCGGAGUCGACAAUGUACUACGUCAUUGGAGCCAUCUUGUACCGGACGUUGGGCGUCAUCCUGCCUGUGCCAAAUCCCCCUGCGGUGAUCAACUCCAAGAUCCUGACAGUGACAGUGCGUCCUGAACCGCAGCCCAGCGAGCCCAUGGUGGUGGUGGAGCUGUCACAGCUUUUAAAUGGUACAUCAGAUCCUCAGUGCGUUGUCUGGGACUACGGCAACCCGGAAGCUGGCGCGGAAAACUGGGGCACAGAAGGCUGCCAAACCCUCGCGUCAACCGCUGUCCACACCAAAUGCCUGUGCAGCAGGAUCUCCACCUACGCCGUGUUAGCGCAGCAAGCUAAAGACCCGGACAUGGGUCCGUCCAGCAUACCCUCCGUGCCCCUGAUGGUGGGCUGUGGAGUGUCCUGCACAGCCCUGCUCAUCCUGCUGCUAAUCUACGCUGCCUUCUGGAGGUACAUCCGUUCGGAGAGAUCGAUCAUCCUGGUGAAUUUCUGCCUCUCCAUCCUGGCCUCCAAUUUGUUGAUUUUGGUGGGACAAUCGCAAACGCUUAGCAAGGGCCUCUGUACUGUGACCGCCGCGUUCCUGCAUUUCUUCUUCCUGGCGUCCUUCUGCUGGGUGCUGACAGAAGCGUGGCAGUCCUACCUGGCCGUCAUCGGCAAAAUGAGGUCGCGGCUCAUUCGCAAGCGUUUCCUGUGCCUCGGCUGGGGUCUUCCCGCCCUCGUUGUAGCAGUGUCGGUGGGUUUCACCAGAGCAAGAGGUUACGGCACAGCCAGCUACUGCUGGUUAUCCUUGGAGGGCGGUCUGCUUUAUGCCUUCGUUGGACCUGCUGCCGUCAUCGUUUUGGUGAAUAUGCUCAUUGGAAUCGUGGUGUUUAACAAGCUCAUGUCUCGAGACGGCAUCUCCGACAAGUCUAAAAAGCAGCGAGCGGGUGUCCCGGCGGAGGCGCGGAGCCGACUGCUCCUGAAAUGCUCCAAGUGUGGCGUGAUCUCGAGCACCGCGCUGUCCAGCUCGACUGCCAGCAGUGCCAUGGCGUCUCUGUGGAGCUCCUGUGUGGUUCUCCCUCUGUUAGCGUUAACCUGGAUGUCAGCCGUGUUGGCCAUAACCGACCGGCGCUCCACACUCUUCCAGGUCCUUUUCGCCGUCUUUGACUCCGUCCAAGGUUUCGUCAUCAUCACCGUCCACUGUGCGAUGCGCCGGGAGGUGCAGGACGCGGUGCGCUGUCGGAUGGGGGGAUGCAAAGACGACAGCGAGAACUCGCCCGACUCCUGCAAGAACGGACAGGUGCAGAUCAUGAGAGGUCCAAAUGUGAGCUACUGUGGGCAGCAGUGCGGUUCCCUGCGUUACGGCACCUCCCCGUGCCUCUCGGCCUGCCAGGCGCAGCCGCUCCCGCCGUCGUGCCACCAGGCAUGCCAGCAGGGCUACCACAGUCUACCCCGCAGCAACCAUAUCCCCGGGCUAGACCACAGCCACGCCCUCAGCCAUGCACAUGAGCAUAGCCCCAUCCUGAACAAUACCCACAACCAUGCUCAUAACCAUAACCACGCCCUCAACCACAUCGGCAGCCAACGAACGGAUUUUGAGAAGGACGUUGACUUGGCGUGUCAAACAGAGAGAGGACACCCAUUCAUUUUCAAGGAGGUCAACACCUGUAACCCAGCCACCAUCACCGGGACCCUUUCCCGCAUCUCUCUGGAUGACGAGGAGGAUCCUAAGCUGGCAGCCCAUCAGGAGUGCGGAGUCGGAGUCAACUUCAGCUCCCUCCCCGGGAACAUUCCCCCUCCCAACCUGAUUGUACAGGUUCCACCACUAGGCGGCCUCAACGAGCUGAGUGAUACGCCCCUGAAGAAGGAGGUGAACGUGGACCAGCAGAGACAGCAGGGGCAGCAGCGCAGCGGUGCUCAAAUCUACCUGUGCACUGAGAGCGGCCUGGGCUGGGCGCGCCCACCGGCUUCCUCCAACAACUCCCAGGAUGGAAGUGGGAGUGGAGGAAGUGCAGGAGGAGGAAGCGGCGGAGGAGGGGAGGGAGACUACAUGGUCUUGCCUCGUAGGACGGUCAGUCUCAAGCCCCCAGCGCCCUCCUCCCAAGGAGGCCUGGGCCUGGGGGGCGAGGAUAAGCCUCUCAACAUCGCGGUGGACGACCCUCCCUUCCCCCCGCCUCCCUCUCCCCUGACCCUCCACCCGGCUGAGAGCGAGGCCUACCCGGCAGAUUUUGUCCCGUCCAGUGUGGGCGACAUGAACAUCACCAUGAACCUCAAUCGCUCCUAUGGGACGAUCAAAACCAUGCCCCACGGGCACGCCCACAUGAUGGCCCCGGGUGGUCUUGUACACUCCCACGGAGGACACAUGCACUCCCACGGCCAUUCACUCCAGCUGAAGCCGGGCCAGAGGCCGUCAGUCAGACAGAUUCUGACGGGGGGAACAACGGUGGAGAGAACCAGGACCCUGCCACGUAACCUGGGCAGCACCAACGCCAACACCAGCCUCUCAGCAGGAUCCCUGGAGAGGAAAAGAGUUCGGUACUCUGAGCUGGACUUUGAGAAAGUGAUGCACACUCGCAAAAGACAUUCUGAGCUGUACCAUGAGCUCAACCACUCGUCCAAGUUCCACACCAUAGACAGGUAUAGCAGGGACGCAGCCAUGUCCACAUUCAAGAGGGAAAAGCGAUGGAGCAUUUCGUCUGCCGGAGGUGAAAAGAACUCGUCGAGUGACAAGUCAACCCCAGAGGACCAGAGCUCCUGGGACAGCUUCAAGACCAUGACCCCCGAGCUGUCCAUCGUGCCUGGGGAGCAGAAGGACCGGAUGGAGCUGCACAAUAAGAACUGGGACUCCUCUUCUGCCAACACACCCGACUCGUCCGAGGGGGACUUCCAGACUGAAGUGUGAAGACGCACAGAUGUACACACACUUGAAAACACACGCUCUCGUUCCGAGAUAUGGUACCGAUGCACACGGAGAUACUGAACCUCUGAGAUGCUAUACAUAAGUACAUGAUUUUUGGCAGAGACCUCACCCCCCCCCACACACACACACACACACACACACACACACACACGCACACACACUGCUCCCCGUCUCCUGCAAUGUGCUCUGUCGGAUCCCAAAACUGUAUUUGUUUACUUCUGCAGUGGACAGACAUCAGAAUCAGAAUCAGAAUUCUGGAAACAUGGAAAGAAGACUGUUCUACACUAUAUUUUCGCAAAGACUAUUGAAAAGAAAGAACAGGAGCUUGACACGUCUGUGGUCGAGGAAAACAUUUUUAAACGGACUUCAGAAAAAAAAACAGUGAAAAACCUAUUUCUGAGAAAAAUUGUCUUGAUUUUAUUCUGGAGAAAAAAAGAAAGAUCUCUGUCAAUUGUUUGAUGAUUUGGGGGGUAAAAAAAAAAAACAAAGAAGAAGAAUAUUUCUGCACCGUUCUGUUCUUUUUAUAGCGAGGGGAAGAAAAUCCCACUGAGGUUUCUCACACUGGUAGCCCCCCUAGGCACCCUGCUUUCGUUUAUUUCCUGUUCCCUUCUAAUGGGUGAAGACAGCAUUCAAUCUCUCAGUCUUUCCCUGUUUUUUCUUUUUCUUUUCAUAUUUUUCGAUGGAUAGGGGAUGUGGGGGGGGGGCAGGUUAACGCUGCUCAUUGAUUUGCCAUCCUCUUUGCUUUUUUUCAGGUUCCAGUUCAACAAUCCCAUCCAUGCAUUCUUCUCACAUCCUCUUCGUCAACAUUGUACCCCCCCCCCCUCCUUAUUUUGUGUAUUUUCUAAAUAUGUCCUCCCCUAUGGUUUGAAACUUUUAAUGAAAAAAAUAAUACGAUUGAAACAAAUAACUACCAACUGAGUUGUGUUCUAUGGUUCUUAACUGUUGAAGAAGAAUUUAUUUUCAGACUGUUUUUUAAUUUUUUUUUUUAUUCUUUUUCCUAAUUUCCUGUGAGAAUAAACCCAUGUGGAACUUAAAAAAAUGAUUUAGGACACACGCAGCACAAAAAUAUGAGAUUGCUUUCUGGGGUAAUGUGCGCCGCAUGUUAUCCAGCCAUGAGGGAAAAGAAGGAUAGUGAUCGUCAUGCAGAUUCUCGCAUCUUCCUGCUUUUUUUUUUCUCCCGCACUGCUCGCAGAUAAAGGCCUUUAAAGAUUGCAGCAUCUGAAUCCAUUUCAGCCAUCACCAAUCACAGUGAUGCCAGAAAAAGAUGAUAUCUCAGUCACUUUCGGCGCGAAUUGAAUCUGUGCUGGCGCUGCGCGGCAUCUCUCAUCCCUCAAAAACGUAUCGCUUACAGUGAAGUAUUGAUCCGUUUAGCGGCGAAACUCUUUUCUUCUUUCUAUAAGAUCGUAAAAACCAAGCACGACUUCCUUUGCUUUCGUCUCCCACCUCCUUCCCUUUGCUAAUUCUCCUUUGCCCAUUAUCCCACCUAGCGUCGCACUACAUGGGAAGCAUGAAAUCUUGAUGUUAGCAGUGGAGCCUGUUGUAUAAUUCCUCGAUCACAUGGAUCCCUCUCUGUGUGGUUGCAUGUAGAGCUUGUGAGCACAGCAGCUGCAGAAAGGGAGAGCGAAAUAGGACGACAGAGAGGUGACACACUGAGAAAACAUAACUGGUGGUGAUUCUUCUUUCUUGACAUUCUACAUCUUCGACUUCAGUCGCUACGAAAGGGCAACCCAUUUCCUGCUGUUGCUACAUUAGCACAUAAAGCCCUCCACACACUGAGAGAGAGUCAGAGUGCAGGACGAAUUCACAUGAUCAAUCAAAAUCAAAUCAAUUUAUAGAAAAAAGUAAAAUUCAUGAAGAUGAACAAAGUGCUGUACAAAUUUUAGGUAAAGGCAAAAAAGAAUAUGGUAAAGUGAUAAAUAGUAAAGGCACAGUCAAUAGAAAAGACAUGAAUAACAACACGAAUGUGCAAAAAUGUAAAACAGAAAACAAAGUUAAAUCAAUGAAUGAUAUAAAUAUUAAAUACUAAUAUUAGAUCAACUAAAACCCAUUAGAAAAAAACAUGUUUACCAGGGGAGUGUCAACCUAUGUAUGCAUUUUAAAACAAAGAAAAGAAAUUUGAAUUUGACUGAUUGUUAUGUAAGACAGAAGCUGCAUACAAACAAUGUUCAUACAAACUUUGGACAGGAAGAGCUUGGAGAUGGAUUGGAAAUUAGGUUGUUAGAUUUGUCAAGGUUUGCCUUUUUAACAAGAGGUUGGACUAUUCGUGUAAAACACGAUGGGACAGUUAAAUAUGCAAGAUAUAUAUUCAUGAUACGAAAAUUGUCUCAUCUGACAAUGUCCCAUACUUUCUUUAAAAAGAGGACAUUGUUCUUUCAUACAGUUGGGCCCAGAAGUCUUGAAUGGACCAACACUUGAAUGGGAAAGUGGUGAUGGUACCACAAUGGUACCUCUAUUCCUUUUCUUUCUUUGUUCAAAGAGGCUCCCAUUAAUCCUAGAGUCUAAAGAAAGAGAUGAGACAGUUUAAGUGGGAUAAAAAUAAGUGCAAGAGAACCUUGUAUCCAAGGAAAAAAGAUCCCAAAAUAUGUAGCGAAAAAGCUCGAGACAGGCAGAGAUGCAGAUUAAGUCUUGGGGGUGCUCAAAACAGUAAUUAUCCGGGGAUGGUGAUUUGUCCUGACAUUUUCCAAUGCAGACCUCGAACCAUCUGUUUAAAGAUCCCUAAUGUGGUAGUAGUGUGGCGCAGCGCAGAUGGCGAGACAAGAGUGCAGCCCUUCUAACCUUUCAAGCUAAUCAGCUGAUGGGCAAACCUACAGCUCACCUCCCCUCAGAGGAGGACGUUACUGUAGGUUCGGCCCCAAGAUGCCGAGCUCGGGUCACAUUCACCCGACCUUGCGCGAGGCUCAGGUUCUCAGAUCGACCGUACAGUGUGUCCACAGAGGUCUGUCAGCUACGUGGCCCCAGUCAAAGAAAUUACGAGAUUCUAAGGAAAGAAGGAAGGAAGGAAGUGUGGAUUAAGUGCAGUAUUCUUUUUUGUUGCAUCAAGGGAAAUUUUCCAUAUAUUCCUCUGUCCUCAUUGUGUGUCUUCAAGCUCAAUGAGAACUGGAUAUUUACCUUUCAUCUCCCACAACGGUAAGUGUGAUGCUGUUCGACUGAUGGAGACAGAAAUUCUUGAUUGUUCAAGUGUGCCACUACAACCAAGGACCACCUGGCAACUUGUGUUCUAUGGGAAACGGUGGUGGGAUUAACAUGUUGGUCCGAGUGUGUCAAUCUUGUUUUUGUUUUUAUUAUAGAGGCCAAACUCAGAAAUGAAUAUGAAACACUGAAGUCAAUUUGCAAGUUAAGUCCGUGUGGAAGGCAAAUUUGAGAACAUUCAAUGCUCACCUUCACCUCCACCCUUCUUCCUCCAACGCUUAGGUGUGAACCGACUUGCUCCAGCCGCCCACGACUCCAGUUGAUUUAUUACUGAAAAACCCUCCCUUUCCUUCUCUCCCUCAUUUUUGUUCUUUUUAUACAUAAGAUUGUACAAAGUAGUCCUCUAAUGUUUUCAUAGUGUCUUUUUAUAUGAAAAUAAAUUUUCAAAUUGA